UUCCAAAUCGGAGAAGUACGACACAGUCAACACUUGAACCUCAACUCGUGUGUGUUCCUCACUUGAACUCUCACUGCCGUCGUGCGCGCAAGAGGUGUAGGAAAAAUUAUUCCCAUUUGGGACUGGUUUGACGUCACGGUAGACGUCACGCAAGUUGGGCUAAGUUGUAUUGCUACUUACCGAAGUUAACUUCAGUUGCCUCAGUACCUGCGGACGAAGAACAUGCAGAGGAUUGCUUCUGUACAAGUGGAAACGAGGCCCCAGUUAGUUCCAAAUCCUGGAAGUCCGCUGUCCCUCGAAAACAUAUACAUGGCAGACAUCGAGAGCUGGCUCUGCGACAACACCACACUUCUCAGGAAUACCACCAACGGCUAUUCUCCUGUAUCGAUGGAUUCGAUGCAGAAGAUGAAUGUCUACCACAAUUCUGUCCAUGUGAACAUCCCUUCCCCAUCUUCAGGGAUGUGCUCAGCAGCUGAAAGUCCGACGCUGUAUGACAGCCCUCCUGGAAAAUGCUACAAUGGGCCUCCACCCUAUGUCCAGAUUAAGCAGGAGAUAGAUGAAGAUUACCAAUGCUCUGGGAUGCGCAUGGGUCCUGUCCCAACCACUGCUAUGGAUUCAACCUUAAAUGUGAAGAGAGAAGAAGAGGAGGAUGGACUGACUGAAAGAAUGGAGCAGUUGAGAAAUUUAGCCGUUGAGCAAGCUGCACAAGAAAUACACAGCGCUUGUAACCAGUUGAGAAUCAGCCCUGAUCCAGCCUUGUGGAGUGUGGAUGACGCAAAAGCUUGGUUAUUAUGGAUACUAAAUCAGUACAACAUGAACACGGAUGUUCUACAACAUUUCAACGUUGAUGGCUUGGGUUUAUCAGCACUUUCGGAAGCCUAUUUCAGACAAAAAGUACCAAAUGGCGGAGAUCUCAUAUAUGCCCAAUUGGACAUCUGGAAAACAGCCGCCAGUCUUCAACGACAUAACAAUCUUAUAUCUCAACAACAACAACAACCUCAACAGAGUCUGUUAACUUUCCGACCUGAAGACAGCAUGCUGGACAUGAGCAGUAUUCUAGAUCAGUGGCCGGCAUACCAACCCCACCAACGCAUGUCACCCCCGGCUGGAUCCAGGGGCGGUAGCAUGGUGGUUGCCCCUGACAGUAGUAGUUCAGUUGCAUCACCUGAAGGAAGCCACGAUUUUAGCAGCGAAGGAAUGCAAAGUGAUGAUGAAAUCAGUGAUGAAUCAUGCGACGUUGAGCGUUGCGGUACCAAUAGAGGCGGCCCCUCUGGUAGUGGCCGUCCUGGUUCCCACUCCCACAUUCAUCUCUGGCAAUUUCUGAAGGAGCUUCUGUGUCAGCCCCAGUUGUAUGGCAGCUGCAUUAGAUGGCUGGACAGACAAAAGGGCAUUUUCAAGAUCGAAGAUUCUGUCAGGGUAGCUCGACUUUGGGGUAAAAGGAAGAACAGGCCAGCCAUGAAUUACGACAAGCUGAGCAGGUCCAUACGCCAAUAUUACAAAAAAGGCAUCAUGAAGAAAACAGAACGGUCCCAGAGGUUGGUCUACCAGUUCUGUCAUCCGUACCAUCUCUAACCGAGACAGUUGGUUAACAGACCAGAUUUGCUUGUAGCUGGUCUACAGCAAAAUCUCGUUUGCCACAUCUCAGCCAUGUAUCAUAGACUCUUGACUCUGUAAAUGCUUCAUUUUUUGUAUUAAUUUUAUAUAUAUAUAUAUAUUAUGAUUUUGAAUGUAAUAUCUCGGUUGCCAGAAGCUGGACUUUUGGAAUCGAUUGAAAUAUGCGCAGCGUGGGGUCACGGGACUGGGAAGGUAUGAUUCCUUGUCGCCCUAGCCACAGCCCCAUGAAAAGUCACAACAUCGACUGUUGCUUCAUCUUUUUAUCGUUUUUUCUCCUUCACAAUGUGGCUAAUUUAUUGGGCAUUGCAAUUAAUUGUCCGCUGAACCAGUUGAGUCUGGAGAUUUCUGGAUUCCUGGUAGGACUCGCAAUGACCCGAUGAAGGUUGGUCCUAUAUAUCAGUGAUAUAUCACUUGUAUGUUCUAAGAACACCCAACAUGGAGGCGGUAUUUAGCCUCCGCAAUGUAUGUUUAUUAUGUUUACCUGAUAUAUAAUUUUUGUAGUAUAUAUCUAAAGAAUGAUGGAUUCUUCAUGGAUUUUUCUCGCAUCACCUGCGCCGCCUGGUGCGGUUUCGGUGAGCUAAAUCUUAUACUCUGAAAGCUUCUUUCUAACUUUUUCUUGGCCCAUCUAUGUUCAAUCAUAAAUGGUGCCAAUGGUUAAUUGCUUCGGGUCUUGGAGUGCCUAUACUACUAUCAUAAGCAGUUUAGAAUACUGUAUAUAAAUUGACUAUUACUGAAUUAGACAAUGAGACUUCUCAAAAUUUUAUGGCUAAACUUUUAUCAAACCAUUGUGGUUAAUUAUUUUCAUUGGUUUACUAUAACAGCUGUUUUGAACGAAAUUGGCCAAUGUCUUAUUACCAUUCAAUUUGAAAAGAAAUCAAUUUUUUUUCUAAGUUUUUUAUAACCACGCAAAAUCUCUUCAAUCUUUGUCUUGAGGACAAAGAUUUGAAUAUUGAGAUAUUAAAAUUCGAACAUUUACGAGAAUAUUUUGCACUCCUCGUUUAUUUUUCAUAAUUAAUCUUCCAGUUCAGAGUAUUUUUAACUCGGAGUUAAAUAACAAUUUAACCUGCAAAAUAUAUUGCACCAAAAUAAGAGUCAGUCCAUGAUGAAUCACACUGAAACCAAACGAUUCUAUCUUGUUCAUAAAUCUUUGUUGACAAACGAUUUCCAAUGUUUUUUUAAUUAUGAUUUUGAGCAUAGAAAAUUGAAAUGUGUACUAAAUACAAACACUGUGUUGAUUUAUGAUAAAAAAAAUUUAUGUUUAAAUUUUUUCGAAAUAAAAAAAAUUGUUUAAAAGUAUUUUUUUAUUUAUAUAAACUGUCUAUGUUAGUAAUGUAGCUACUUAUUUAGUCCUUUUCUGCUUUUUACUUAUCUUAUAAUGAACUUAUUUGGGAUCUAUUGUACAUAUUUUGGUCUUAGUUUAAAGUAGUGGUCUGACAAAUUUUCCUUGAUGAAAAUGAUAGGGUUUAGAUUUACAAUUUAACACUGUUUUUUAUUUCUUCAGAUUUUUCCUUUACUAUAAUUGUGUAUUUCUGAGUGCAAAAAUGAAUUAAUAAAGAGUCAUGGAUUUAAA